CUGCAUCGAUUUCAAGCGCCUGCCACCGGCUGGUCGUUCGAAGUUGAAACAAAAGAGCUGAAAAGGUCAGGAGGACAUCUCAUCGGCUAAGAAAAUUCUCAGAAUUCCCAAACCCAACUAACCCUAAGGUAAGAACAAGCAAACCUGACCAAGUAUCGCCGACGCUCGAGUUCAUAGAGUACGUAAGACAAAAUAGACGAGAGACUUACCUGGAAGCCGCUGCCGAGUGCCAAGCACUACCUUCACAACACUCUUGUCGCCACGACGACCGACCACCACCUUAAUCUUUGACGGAGCAGCGAGGAGAGGGAGAGGGAGAGGAAAAACCUCAAUUUUGGGCACGGCUAGUACUGUGGCUACCGGUUUGCUGAAUAAUUGAAGGCGGAAACGCAAGCUGAACUUCAAUGGAGCUGUUUGGUAGGCCCUGAGAUCGAAUCCACGACUGAGGAGUCGACUGAAGUCCUUGUGGAGAGUGCGCAUCUACGACGAUGAACUACUUCCCGAUUGCUUCGUUUUCUUUCUCCUUGGUUUCUGGCGACCAAAAUAAAAUAUCACUUAACUCGAAGACGAUGAAGUUAAUGGGAAAAUUAACACAAGUAAAAAACGUAGAAGACGGACGGAAAGAAUUCCGUUUGCGUGGGUAGCUUCAAGUUCGACGUGGGCGACGGUUCACCAGGUUCGGGCACAAACUCAAUUAAAACCACCCCAUGCCACGUCAAUACUUACGUGGCCCAAUCAUAUUCAGCGUCACCAGUGCCGCACUUUUUAUAGCGGCACCGUAGUAUUGGCCCACUUGCUCGGCUCACCUUCUGCGCCGCACGCUGGGCCAACUUCUACAUGAAAGCCCAUCUCCAGCUCAUUUAAGUGAGCCACCACCCAGCCGCCACUCUCCUCCGUUGGAUGAAGCCCAAGCAGACGUGGCCCAAAAUCUGACCCUGUGAGUAUCUGCGAACGAAUAUUGCAGUUAGUAGGUUAACUUCUGCGUCUACUCCAACACUCCAGCUCCCAUGUUUUUUCUGCAGUAGCCCUUGCUCUUUGAGGUAAGACUUCUCUCCCCUCUAGCGAUAUGUAUUUUUCAUAUGUCUUCAAUUCAAUUCUGUCUCUCUGAUCUUAGCUUUUAAUAUCUCACCUCUUUCGUCCUUCCAGAAAUCUCUUGCCCCAGUCUCACUGCCAUCAGACCUCUCCAAGUCCAAUUCCGAUUCAUUUGAGGAAGGAAACUGUCUGGUACGGCUUCGCAUAGCCAGAUACCAGAGUAGAUCAGGAUAAAGGAGAGUAUUGGGAGAGAAGAUGGAUUAAGUUCCAUGGGGAAGAUACUUGACCAGUGCUCACGAACUCCAAGCAACCCAACUUUUCAAUAUGGUAAUAUUUCAAUCAGCAUGCUAGAAGCAACGGGUCGAGAGGGCCUCCUUUUUUAUUGUAAGUUUUCGGUUUCCCAGCCAUCUUGCUUCAGUCAUAUCCUUUUUCACUGCAAGUUUCCCAUUGAACUCUUAAUUACUGUUAGGCGGGGAGAAUGGCUGGUCACUUUGCGAAGCCAAGGUCUAAUGCAUAUGAAGUGAAAGACGGGAAGACGUUGCCGAUCUACAAGGGGGAAUGAUCAGGGCACACUGGGACGGGAGGCCGGUGAUCCCCAAUGAGGAGUCAAGGAUCCCAGAUCCUCGGAGAAUGAUCAGGCCCCAUGGCCAAUCUGCAGCGAUACUGGUGGCUGCUACGAUGCAAAGGGCUAACCGAUGGAUUCUCAAUUUUGUUGAGCGGAGCGAUCAGGGAGACAUGCAUGAAGACUUGGUGAAUUAUGCGGAUGAGGCCAUAGGGUUUAUGGCUGCUGCUGGAGUAUCAGAGAACACUCCAUCAUGGCAAGAACAGAAUUAUGUACUUCCCAUGAAUGUUUGCUGCUGCCAUAUGAGAUAGGUAUGCACAAACCAGAACUGGUCAUUAGAUUAUUUUUUACAUGAAAAGGCUUCUUCGAAAUAUUGAUCUUGCUACUGUGUUGUUUGUUUGCUUUUUCAUGUUCAUAGGUACUAAGAUUUGGCGAAUCUGAUGGAUGAGGCAAUAGAGCUUAUGGCUGCUACUGUAGUAUCAAAAGAACGCCCAUCAUGGCAAGAAAAGAAUAUGGACUUCCAUGAAUGCUUGCUGCUACCAUAUGAGUAAGCUCUUACAAGGUUGAAUUCAGUAUCAGGGCUCUACUAUGUUUGCUCGGCUCACAUGUUAUGGUGUGGAGAGAGAACUCGACAACUUGAUGGUGCCCAUGUCGAGUUCCGUAGAGGAGUUUGGUGCAGUAGGUUGGUUCUCCUGUCUCCGCUCUAUAUAUUUGAAAUAACUCUUUUAAGUUUGAAGGAUAACAAGUUCUUAGGAUAAUCAAGUCCUUACUAUUGUGGAGCUGUAUCAAGCCUAUUGGAUGUUGUAUCAGAGUUGUUAAGUUACAUAGUACCCAAUUAUUUCAUGGUCAUUUCUAAGACUUCGACAAUACUGCACCAUGUCCUAUUUUCCAUAUACUAUUAGGCGUGGGUUCUGCCUUCAAGAUGAUUAUCUCACAUUAAUAUUAAUUCCUUUUAUUGCAGGUCCAAAGGCCAAACAUAGAGCCUAUAAUGUACCGGGACCGUUUCCAUUUCAGAACUCUUGCUUCAUUCCUAAAUGGGAUCAGCUUGCAGAAGUUGGGACGGAAUGCUGAGCUCAUCAAGGCUUCUUGAAGAUCUUACUUACACCUUGGUAUAUAUGUCAUACUGUCAAUCUUAAAGUGAAAAGCUUUCGGUGGGAAGAAUUGCUGUAAUGCAAUUAAAACAGCCAGUGCUUUUGAUGGGAUAAUGCUUUAGUGAAAUGCAAAGAUUGCACACUGCACCAGGUGCAGCCGAAAGAAAGAACUCUAUGUCUGGUCAUGACUCCUCUAGCUGCGGAAAGAAGGGUGAUUGGAGUUCUGGGUUUGCUGCUAGAGUGGAAACUCACCAAGGUUGCUGGAUCGCUCACCUGCAAAGGUUCCCUAGCCACCCAUUGUUCCUCCUGGAAUUAUGCUCAUCUCUUGCAGGCUACAGAAAACAUGUCAAUUUCAAUUUCCCAUUUGCCAUCUCAGUUACUUCUCUCUUGGCGCACACGCACAUAUCAUUGCCCUAAAAACAUGUCAAUUUCAUUUUCCCAUUUGUCUUCUCAACUGCCAUCUUACUUAACCGAGGAGAGUGAUUAAUCAAAACAAAUACACCGUAAAAUACACGAGAUGCAAAAGGAUGUUUUGUACACUUCAAAUUACCAAAAAUAUCAUACCGAGUUACCAACUCACCACUAACAGACACAAGUUCAUUUAAGAGUGGUGACCACCUCCUCGCUACUAUAGAAUAAUUUGGUUGUAAGUUUAGUCCUCGAGGUGUAGCUGUGGGUAUUGAUUCUAGUUCCCUAUGAAAAUUCAGUGCUUAUGUGAAACUUUCUUGAUAAUUGCAAUUGCUUGUUGUAAAAUUGUUUCUUGCCAGUGCUUGUCAUUUGGCUUAGAGGCACAACAUUAUUUAAGUUCUCAAGACAGCUGUAUGAUGCAUUAAAUUUGAAACCUAAAGUAUAUUAGCUUGUAAGUGAAAUUAUUGUUGGUUUGUCUGUGUUCAGGUUUUAAUUCAGUUUUUCGCCUCUUUCCGUCAUGUUUUUCCUUGUACAAUUUUUUAGUAGUUAGUCUCUUGAAUUCUUGUGAUCUUUGCAGGGGGUAGCUCAAAAACUUCGAUGAUACUCAAUCUUGUCCAAAUGCUGCAAACUUGUCGGAGACAAUGGCAUCACUUAAUUUCUGUGCUAGAGCGUGAAAUUCUGUACCAAGUCUUGGAAAUCAAGAUACUAUCGAGAAGUGGAAAGAUUCUGUGAGUUCUUAUUUGUUAUGUGUACCACUCAUGUAAAAUAUUCCGUGUCUCAUAUCCCUUCAAUGCAUGGUUGAUCUUCGGACCAGAUGUUCUUCUUGAAGAAUGAUGGAAUGAUUUAAGAUAUGUACCUAGAUAUAGAUGACAAGUUAAAAUAAUUAUUGGGAACCCUGAAAAGAUGUUGAAAUAAUGAAUUUCCAACCGAGAUCCAACAAAGUGAUUCUACCCUUUAAGGAUUGCAGGUUUGUACAUCAGCAACAUCGUUUUGUAUCUCAAGUGUAUAGAUUUCAUAUUUACAUUGGAAAUAUAUAGUAUUAUAUCUGCAUGGUAAAGUUUUUAAGAAAAAAGUAAAAACAUGAAUAAGUUCAUUAGUCAACAUAAUGGGUCAGUCAGGUUCUUUGACUGUCCUGAGUUUUCUGCUGUGUUAUCCCCGAAUUCGGUGGAGGUAUAACUGAAAUAGUGUGAUGGCUGAAGUAUUCGGAUCUUAUAACUUACUGCUUCUGAGGCUUUUGUUGAUAAAGAAUUCUGAGUUUCAUUUGGAAUUCACUCUUUAAGAUUUCUCAAAGUGGCGAUGGCUUAGAUUCUUCUUCUGUUACCAAGAAACUUGAGGAAGAACUCAAAAAGCUUGAUGCACUUAUAGAGGUAAGCUUGUAAAAACUGAUAUCCAGUGACAAAAUUACUUCUGGUGAUGGAUUUGAACUCAUAACAAUACUGUUAACUGCUAAACUGGGCCUAGUGGAUAGCUUUUGCUUUAUGGGAUUAAUCAGUCAAUUUAUGCAACUCUUCCCUCCUUUCUUGAAUCAAUCACAACCACGUAC